UGUGUCAAUGUGAUGCAGACACUACAUACACCACAGACUAUACAUACAAUAGGUUCUUUAUGUCUGUGGACUACACAGACACGGGAUCGAACUCGGACUGGAUCGGGACUCUCCCCCUCCCUUAAGAGCUGUUUUUAUUGUCUCAGUUUCCUCCUAGUUUGAUGCAACGUUCGCAACACAACGUAGCUGUAGAUUCAUUUUUGGGUUUGGCAAGUGGUGCCCCUACCUAGUUGUCUGUUUAGUUUCGUCAAGUUCGAGUGACACCCGAGAAAGUGCGCAUCAUUGGUUGUUCACAGCAAAGAUUUUGGUGUUCACUUGGCUUUGCAAGGACUCAAAUUCUACAAGAUGGGUGAAGAAACGGACCCUUUGGUGCCUGUGGUAUUGCAACGUGGCUCAAAUCCCAGCCUAGGCCUGAGCCAGACUCUAUCAAGGCUACAUAGUGGAUCGGCAAUCGCUUGGAAACACAAGAGGAACGUAUUCGUCUUGUCCGUUGCCUUUCUCUUCAACUUCACAGCUUACGCUGCCCUGCAGAACCUCCAGAGCAGUCUGAACAACAAGAGCGGCGUGGCAUCCUUGGCUGUCAUAUACGGAAGUAUUAUCAUCUCUUGCCUCUUCGCCCCAGCAUUAAUCCGCGUCGUUGGCACUAAGUGGACAAUAGCCAUCUGUGUAGCUUGCUACUCAGUCUACACAGCGUGUAAUUUCUAUCCCGAAGAUUACACACUCAUUCCAGGCGGUCUGGUUCUGGGCAUGGCUGCUGCACCCCUCUGGACAGCUCAAGCGACUUAUCUAACGACUUCUGCGAUCAGCUAUGCCGACAUUAAGAACGAAGUCCCAGAGGUGGUCAUCAACCAAUUCAAUGGGAUCUUCUUUUUCUUCUUCCAAUCGAGCCAGAUUUCCGGCAACUUGGUUGCGUCGCUGGUCUUGUACCCAUACGCCAACGACUCUUCUCAGCCCUUGAGAAAUAUCUCAAACUGCGGCAUUGAAUCAUGUGGGUCAAGUGGGCAUCAUGGGAAUGACUCAGACUCCAUGUCGGGUGAGAUUUCUUCCCCACCCAUCAAAACAGUAACUCUGCUCAUGUGUGUGUACCUAGCAUGUGGAUUAAUGAGCUUUCUUAUUGUGGUCUUCUUGCUGAGUAAGUUACACACACCUCAAGGAAGCUUCUUGGAGAACACAAAGAGUAGUCUGGUGGCCACUUUACACCUUCUUAUCAACCCCUAUAUAGUGAUGCUGAUACCAUUGUUCAUGUUCAGUGGAAUGGAACAAGCUUUCUUCGCCGGUGAUUUCACCAAGGCUUUCAUCACGUGCACCAGUGGUGUCCAUUACGUAGGUUUCAUCAUGAUGGUAUUUGGCAUCAGUGACGCUAUCUUCUCGUUUACCUUGGGCCGUCUUGAGAAGUACUGCGGUCGCAUCAUCAUCUUCACUGCUGGAGGACUAGCUCAUUUGUCGCUGAUCCUUGUCAUAAUAUUUGUCUGGAAACCAGGAGAUGCUUUGUGGGACCGCUUUCUCAUUGCCGUGGGGUGGGGAUUUGGGGAUGCCGUGUGGCAGACACAGAUUUCAUCCAUUCUAGGGGUUAUUUUCCCCGAGAACCAGGAGGCAGCGUUCUCCAAUUUCCGGCUUUUUCAAGCCGUCGGUUUCUGCAUCUAUUUUGCCAUCUCCACGGUCAGCAUUGUAUGUGUCAUACACAAGAUGAUUAUGAUUGGAGGACUUCUACUCUUUGGACUGGCGUUGUACUACAUCGUCGAAUUGCAGAUAAGAAAGGGUAUAACGUACUGAAUAUUACAGGCGUGAUAUGAUUGGUAAGGAUCAACAAAAUUAAUUUGUUAGUUUAAAUUUUAAAGCUUACUCUUUUUCAGGUUGUUUAAUGGCACUGUACACGUUUGGUAGUUGUCAAAGACCAGUGUUCUCACUUGGUGUAUCCCAUCAUAAGCAUAAAAUAAC